GCUGCAGUAGUGGAGGUCGUUGGAGUCACAGGCCUCUUCUUGCUCCGCACUCGCCCGGCCAUGCUGUCCUCCUUCGCCCGCCCCGCCGCCCUCGCCCUCCGCCGCGGCCUCACCACCUCGGCCCAGAACCAUGCUAAAGUGGCCGUGCUGGGGGCCGCGGGCGGCAUCGGGCAGCCCCUCUCCCUCCUCCUGAAGAACAGCCCCUUGGUGAGCCGCCUGACCCUGUAUGACAUCGCUCACACGCCCGGGGUAGCAGCCGACCUGAGCCACAUCGAGACCCGAGCCAUUGUGAAAGGCUACCUGGGACCGGAGCAGCUGCCCGACUGCUUGAAAGGCUGCGACGUGGUGGUGAUUCCUGCGGGAGUCCCCCGAAAGCCAGGCAUGACCCGGGACGACCUCUUCAACACCAACGCGACCAUCGUGGCCACCUUGGCGGCCGCCUGCGCCCAGCACUGCCCGGAAGCCACGGUCUGCAUCAUCGCUAACCCGGUCAACUCCACCAUCCCGAUCACGUCAGAGGUUUUCAAGAAGCACGGCGUGUACAACCCCAACAAGAUCUUCGGCGUGACCACCCUGGACAUCGUCCGGGCCAACACCUUCGUGGCCGAACUCAAGGGCUUGGAUCCGGCCCGAGUCAACGUUCCCGUCAUCGGCGGCCACGCGGGGAAGACUAUCAUUCCCCUCAUCUCCCAGUGUACCCCGAAAGUCGACUUCCCUCAGGACCAGCUAACAGCCCUCACGGGCCGAAUCCAGGAAGCCGGGACGGAAGUGGUCAAGGCUAAAGCCGGAGCAGGGUCCGCCACGCUGUCCAUGGCCUACGCCGGGGCUCGCUUCGUCUUCUCCGUGGUGGACGCCCUGAACGGCCGGGAGGGCGUCGUGGAGUGUUCCUUCGUCCGGUCUGAAGAAACGGAGUGCUCCUAUUUCUCCACGCCUCUGCUGCUUGGGAAAAAGGGCAUCGAGAAGAACCUGGGCAUGGGCAAGCUCUCUCCUUUCGAAGAGAAGAUGGUGGCCGAGGCCAUCCCGGAGCUGAAAGCGUCCAUCAAGAAAGGCGAGGAUUUCGUGAAGAACAUGAAAUGAGACGGUGCUUCGGGAAAGGGGCGGCCGUUUUCCUUAAUUUAUUUCGGCAUCACGUCACUUUUAAAGACAAGCGCGGGUGCGAGGCUUUUGCAUUAAGGAAGUUACUGUAUUAACAGAUGAUCACCCCCUCAAAAUUAUGUCAAUAAAGCAGCUGUGAUUUUUUUGUG